GCUUAUUUCUAAAUUUAAAACUAAUUUAUUUAGAAAAAAAAAUUGAAAUCGGUUGGUUCCGUACGGUGCGAAAGAAGUUCACGGUACAUUUGCCAAGUCGCCUCCAUCCAUCCGCGCGUCUUCCUCCCUACGCCUCCCUCGUCCACUCCCUGCCAACAACAAAGCUCCACCACACGAGAGAGGGAGGACACACGGCGCGCGGCCAUGUCCACCUCCCGCAGGGCCCGGCCCAAGAAGCUGGCGCCGGCGACGGCUCUGCCUGCGGACUCUGUGCGGUUCAUGGGCGAGUCAGUGGGUGCCUUCCCACUGGUGGACGACGCGUGCGAAACACUCGCGGAGAACGUUGUCCUUCGCCUGCGUCAGCUGCUGCAGGAGGCGGCCAAGUUCACGCGAGCGAGCAAACGGCGGCGGAUGAGCACAGGGGACCUCGACUUCUCAUUGAAAACGAUGAAUGUGGAACCCCUGUAUGGGUUCGAGUCCAAGGAGUUCACUCCGUUCCGCUUCGCCAGUGGAGGUGGCCGAGAAGUCUACUUUGCUCCGGAACAGGAGCUGUGUCUGAGCGAGCUCAUCAGUACGCCGCUACCUCGCGUGCCCCUGCAAGUCUCCAUCAGAGCUCACUGGCUGUGCAUCGAUGGCGUGCAGCCGGCGAUUCCAGAAAAUCCUCCGCCCGUGCCAAGGGAGCAGCAGAAGCUGGAGGCAGUGGGGGUGGACGCGAGGGGACCCGUGGGGCCGUCCGGGAGCGUGGACCCUCGCAGAGCAGGGCGGCCGUCUCAGAGUGCGUACGUGCGAGUGCAUCGGCGGCACCCGCACGAGCUGUCCAUGGAGCUGCAGAGGUUCUACUGUGAAGUGACGGAGGCCACCAUGGGCUCCUCGGAGCCCAAGAGAAUUGAGGCCCUGCAGAGCAUUGCCAUGGAGCCGGGCUUCUAUCAACUGAUGCCUCAGCUCAGCACCUUCAUAUCAGAGGGGGUGCGGAUUAACAUUGUCCACAACAACCUGGCUCUACUCAUCUACCUGAUGCGCAUGGUGAAAGCACUGCUGGAGAAUCCGAACAUCUACCUUGAGAAAUACCUACACGAGCUGAUGCCCGCCAUACUGUCAUGCGUCGUGAGCCGCCAGCUGUGCCAGCGGCCAGACGUCGACAACCACUGGGCGCUGCGGGACUUUGCGUCGCGCAUUGCGGCCCAGGCGUGCAGGAUGUACACGUCACCUGCCAACGCCCUGUUGGGCCGUACCUCCAAGGCCAUGCUCAAGAGCCUGAGUGACUCCGCCGCGGUAUGGACCACACACUACGGCUGCCUCGCCGUGCUGUGCGAGCUGGGACCAGAGGUGAUCUCCUCGCUGGUGCUGCCCCGCCUCAAGCAAGAGGGAGAGAGAAUCCGGUCGAUCCUGAGCGGGCAGGCCAUCAGCAGUGGCGAUCUCUUUGGCGCCCAGCGCGUGGAGAGCAUCAUCCUGAAGCACUGCGCACCGGUGCUGGCGCAGCGGCGCGCGGUGCCAGACGUGGUGUCCGCGUACCGCGCCGACUACGGCUGGAUGGGCCCCGCGCUGUGUGAGCACGUGCUGCGCGCUCGCUCGCUCGCCCUGCGCUGCACGCUUUCCUUGCAAGCACAGCGGAGCACGGUGGGAGCUCAGAGCGCCGUCCCAACCAGCGUCGCCGCCCAGGGCCCCGCGGCCCCCAGCGGCGUUCCACGACUGCCACCCACCCCCGCCAGAUCCACGACAAUGGCACCCGCGGCACCAGCGGCAGCGGCAGGGCCCCCGUCCGGCCGAGCGCUCCCCACGUCGGCGACGCCAUCGGCGCCGGGUCCCCCGACGGCGAGUGCCGGCGCCGCCUCCCUCGAGGCACGGUGCUGGGCGGUGGCCAAACCGGCGAUGGCCGACGGGGUCUUAAAAGAGCGGCUCCUCUCCCCGUCGCCGCCACUGCCGCCACCACCACCACCACCGACGCCAGCCAAGCAGUUCGUGGCAGUGUCCAGCAGCACGGCCGCAACGGCGGUCACCGUACCACAGGUGCUGUCGCUGGUGUCGGUCACGUCCUCUGUGGCUUCGUGCCACACCACCACCUCCUCCACACUGGUGAAGCUGGCGUCCGGAGCGCCCGGCCCAGUCCCUCACAAGUUCAUUGUCGUGUCACUACCGGCCACCGCGAGCCGCUCUCCGGGGGGCCAGAAGUCGCCGGCCCCCACACUGGCCCAGCUGCAGCAACAGGUGGCACUCGGACGCCCGCACCCCUCAGGGUUUCUGCUGCAGGCCUCUCCUGCGGGGACGCACCACAUUGUGCGGCUGCCCGGCGUGCAGGGACAGGCCCUGGGCAAGGCCCUGACGCAAAUCGCGUGUGGCCAGGCGCUCACGCUGAAGCCGCAGAGCUCCCUCUUGGGGCAGGCACCCGCGGUCGGAGGUCGAGCGGUGGACCCGCUCGGGUCCGCCGCUCAAGGCCGGGGUGCGGAGUUACCCGUGGAAGCAAAUGUGAUGUUAGCGCAGAUUCAGGCACCGCCGCUUGCGACGAAGGGCCUGGUGGCUGCGACCACCAUUCAAGGCCAUAUGGGGUGUGCGCCCGGAAAGGCUGAGGUUUCUGACCAGCAAAGGCCCUGA